AGCUUCACGCGUGUUUAGGAAGUACCUCCUGAAGUACCUCCAGAAGUAUCUACACGUGGGUACAGUGUACAGUGGUGUUUCUUCUCUGACCGAUGACCGGCUCUUUUCCACGGUAGACGGGAGUUUUACCCGCGCGGGUGUUGGGACAGGAAAGAGACUUGUGCGCACAUGUCCUGAGCCCCGGUGCGCAGGGAUGGACACUGAGUUCCCCUCGGUGCUGUUCCCGUCCUUCUACAACAACGAGCCCCCGGAGAGCGAGCUGGGACACUGCGCUGGCUCCUGGGGCAGCUAUGGCCAGCUCCGAAUCCACGAAGGACAGAGCUUUAGGACCCAGCACACAGCGGCCGGAGAGUCCUGGAGGCACACGGAGCCUGUGCCUGUGCCUCUGCUCGCCCCUAAGCCUGCUUUAUUUUGGUCUUCAAAACCUGCCGACCCUCUGGAUUUCAGCAAACAUUUGCAGAAUUUUUUCAUGGACCACCCCUCAGAUGCCUUCAGCCCCAUGGCCAGCAUCCUGGGUGAAACCAUGGACUUCAGUAGACGGCCUCAUAAGAGAGCUCAGCAGACACAGGCUCCCAUCAGCGUGUGGGGGGCGACUGACUACAUGGACAAGCUCAAACCCCCUAACUGCCCCACGAGCCCCUGGAAUGCCCGCAUGGACGCGUACAGCCGCCUGCUCUCUGACGUGGUGCACUCUGUCCCGGUGGAGCUGCUGGGGUCCCUGGUGCACGAGGAGCUGAGCCAGCAGAGCAGAGACGCCCUGUUCUGUGAGACCAACAGUGGAGGGGCCCUGGACCUCAUCCCCCUGACCCCCAGCACACAGCACACGCCUCUGUCGGGCUGUCUGGCCUACUCCCCCAAUGGGCUGGACAAACUCCACUUCCAGGAGGUGGCGCUGGAGCCACAUGCAGUGGUCUGUUCUGAUGAAGUGAGCAGCUUCCUCCUCAAAGGCCCCAUCCAGCAGAUCACCUCCACAUCUCUGUGUGGACACAGCUGUGUGGCGGUGCGCUCUCUGUACCACUGUGGCGUUUGGCGUUUGACCUCAGCUCAGCAGCCCUACCUGCUGCAGCCUCAUCUGCUGCAGGCCCUGUCCACUACAGAGGCCCUGAGCUGCACCAGCCUCAGUCCUCAUGUUGUAGGAGAGCUGCUGGUGGCUGGGGAGAGUGGAGCGGCCCAUCUGUGGAGGCUGGGACACGGGAUGCAGCAGGUGCGCACAGAAGACUCCAACCUGUAUUUCAACAGCCAGUCGUCAUGGCGAUGGUGCGAGUUCUCCGCCCACCCAAGAGUGAUGCUGUAUGCUGAUAGGACGGGGGUGGAGCUCACAGACAUCCGGGUGCAGCCGUCCUCCUGCCACACCCUGUUCCGCAUCAGUCAGACCGCAGAGUGUCGCAGUGGAGAGAGACUACUACUGUGCAGAUACUUGAGCACAGUGCACAGCUUCCACCACCUCGUCUGCACACAGUACUCGGCGUAUAUUAUGGACGAGCGCUUCCCCUGCGUGCCCAUGCUCAAGUGUGACCACAUGAUGGAGGCCCCGCCUGUGUUCUGCCAGGUCCUGCCCAGCUCCGAUGCCUCCACUGGGGGAGUGACUAAGAUCCUGCUGGGCUCCCAAAGGUCCCAGGAGGUGACCAUGCUGCAGUACUCAGGAGGAGGGGCAGAGGCCUGUGUGAGCCAUGGCCCUGUGCAGGCUCUGCUUAGGCCCAGGGACAGUGUGCAGCACCUGCCCACCCAACUCCCCCACCGGACAGAGGUGUCCCAGGAUAGGCUGGCCCACGCUGCCUCAGGGCUGGCCGCGGUCCACCUGAAGAGGAGUGAAUCUUCAGAGAGUUUCUGUGUGUUCCACCUCCUGCAGACGGGAGAUGUUUUCUACCAAAUCCUGGAGAGGGACAGGUCAGCUGAGACCCGGGCUGAUGUGAGCUGUACCAGAGCAGAGGAACCAGAGCAGCCUGAGCCAGAGCAGAGAGGACCUGCUGCAGAGCCACCGCUCAGCUCACACUCACUGUCCAUCUGGAGACAGUGGCUGCAGAGAUUAGCACGUAGACAGGAAGCUAAGAAGAGCAAACCUGCUCAUGUGAUGGUGAAAGGUGCACUAAGAAUUCCCCAAAGCCAAAAUGCAGACAGAGCCACUGGAAAGAGAGGGCAGCGGGGCGUGAGCAGGUCCAUACAGCAGCAGUCGCUCUCUGCAUACUCAGUCCCCACAGAGAACAUAGUGCCACUACCAGAGGAGGUGCAGCCUGAGGAGUGGGGUGAUAACCUGAGUGUGAGACUGACUGCUGCCUGGGACAGCGAGCAGGGCUGGCAGGCCUGGUGGAGCGAGCACCUGAUGGUCAACAGAGCAGAGAAGACCCAGGCUCUGAGGAGGAAGCGCAGGCAGGAGAAGGACGCCAAGAGAGUCAGCGGCCUCACUCUGCUCUCCCUGUCCGGCAGUUUCACCUCCUCCAUCAGUUACCAAUCAGAGCUGAGCGAUCUGAGUGACUGGGCGUGGUCAGACAGUAGAGGGAUAGGCUCACAGUCUGAAGAUUCACCAGGAGACAAUUUGGAGAAACAGAGGCUGCCUGUAGCUGUAGCUGACCAGGUACGCCCCCUAGUGGAGACUCCGCCCACUAAGAGAAGAGUGCGGCACCAACAGUCCCAGAGCCCACAGCCCUCCACCUCUGAGCUGCACAGACCUGUGGAAUCCAGCAAAGACUCCUCCAGAGAUGCCUUCAGCUGGCCCCACACUUUCUCCCAGAUCUCCUCCCAGCGCUCGCCUCACACCUCCUCACAGACCUCCUCCCAGCGCCCCCUCCACACCACCUCCCAGCACCCCCUCCACACCCUCUCCCAGACCUCCUCCCAGUGCCUGCCCCACACCUCCUCACAGACCUCCUCCCAGCGCCCCCUCCACACCACCUCCCAGGCCUCCUCCCAGCGCCUGCCCCACACCCCCUCCCAGACCUUCUCCCAGACCUUCUCCCAGACCUCACUGUCCUCACAGCCCAAGAAGAAGUCUCGCAUGGGAUUUUAGAGAGAAAAAUCUGACAGUUUCACAAUUGCACAGGAGGUGGUCAGCUGGACAAUAUUUAUUAAAAUGAAGACAUUUCAGCUGUCCUCCAGAAACCGUGCCCUGACAUGAGGCAGCCCAAAUGUCUUUUUUCAUUUUCAUUUCCUAUUAUGCACUACUGCUGGAUAAAUGAAGAAUUACUUUAAUAAGUUUGGCAACCCUGAAACAGACAAAACAAAUGUCUAUUUUAUAUAUAUAUGUAUAUAUAUGCACCUAUAUGUGGAUUUUUUCAGGGGUCUCAGACUAAGAUCAGUCACAUCAUAAUAAUGUAACUGCUGGAUUUCUGAAACCAGUUUUCUUUUUGAAACAUGUGACCUGAGCCCCUGGCAACUAGUGCUCCACCACGUGUCCUGAUAUACUUGGAGACAUUUUUGAUAAGACAUUUUAUUCAGUCUUAACACAGAAUCAAUAAAUAACAUCUACAAAAUAUUUUUACAUCAUUUACAGUUUUACACUUUUUUACAGUUUUUAUAUACAUUACUUUGUCAUUGCAUAAGAGCCAUUAAACAUUCAUUUUGCUACAUUGUAAA